GAUGCUCGCUCGCUCGCUCCAAAAAAGAAAUCCCAAAGAAUUUAGAGUUAACCCUUCUCCUUCCUCGCCACCAACCCAGCCAAGAAAACCCCGCGAGAUCCCGAUCGAUCCCGCGCCGAUCGAGCGACCAGUGCGCGCGCAAUGGCGACCGACGCGAUCCUCGAGACCAUCAAGCCGCAGAGGAGCGCUGAGCGGGAGAACCUCCCGGUGACGAACGCCGGAGGUGGAAGAGGAGGAGGAGGUGGCGGGGGCGGAGAUCACCUCAUCGGGCUGCGGCGGCGGAUGUCGUCGUUCUCGGUGAGGAUCCAGCCGCUGUCUUCGGCGGGGGCGGGGGCGUUCCGGCGCGCGAGCUCGAUGCCGUCGGUGAAGGCGCUGGCGGCGGCGGGCGCGCUGCGGCGGUGGUGGGAGUGGGGGCUCGGGUGGGUGAUGAACCGGAAGCCGGCGUUCGCGCGCGACCUCGAGAUGAACGACGACGAGGCCGCCGCGCUGGGCUGCCACUGCCGGGGCACGUGGCGCCACGUCUUCUACAAGGUCCGCGCCGAGGUGCGCCGCCUCCUCGGCCGCGACGGCCUCCCGCUCUCCGCCCAAGACUUCCGCUACGACUCCGUCAGCUACGCCCAGAACUUCGACAAUGGCGACGCCGCCCGGGAGCCCUGAUCCGCACCACACGCCCCCUAGCCGCCCGCCCGCCUGACGCGCCCGCAUCCACGAGCUACUCCUUUCACUCCGGCGAGCGCGCCAUUGCCGGAAACCGAAGCUACUAGCUGCGUAGCUAUAGCUAGCUUGAUCGAUCCAUCAAUAAGCAUCCGAUCUUGGUGAUCAGGUAUAUAUAGUAAAUAUAUUUGUGUGUGAUGAUCAUAUCGCAAAUGGCCGAGCAAAGAUCGGAUCGGUGAACUUAAGCGUAGGACUCCACCAUUCCUCCAUUUUUUGCGUUCUUGCCGCUGUCUCUUCUUCGGUUCUUGCAAAUGUAAAUGUCUUGUAAUACCUCUGCAUUGAUGUAAAUCAAAUCAAUGUCGGCACAACAAAUCCCACGGAUUGAUCGACAUUUCAGACGAACAAACAGAUCAGAGGAGAAUUACUUAAGUUUCUUUGUGAUCAGAUUCAGAUUGUUUCAGACAGACAGAGAAAAAAAUUGAUCCAGAUCUGUCGCUGCUGCUGUU